CGAGGGCUGGGAACAAGAACGACACUUGGGGUGCUGUACUCGCCACAACCAGCACAAAGUAGCAACAUGGACACAAGAUACAUCGUUCUUCUGCUGGUCUCCACCAAUGCAUAUCUAACUUUGGCCCAGUUUGAUUCCGACGGAUUCGACAAUGGGUCACCACAGUUUGGAUCCGGGCCAUCACAGUUUGGAUCUGGGCCAUCACAAUUUGGACCUGGACCUUCACAGUUUGGACCUGGACCUUCGCAAUUUGGACCCGGACCUUCACAGUUUGGACCCGGACAGUUCUCUCCUUUCGGACCUAACUCUGGUUCUCCAUUUGGAGGUCCAAGAUAUAACCCACUGUUUGGUGGUCAAGGAGGAUUCUCAAAUCAAUUCCAACUGCCACAAGUUUUGACAUGCAUCGGUGUUAACGAAGCUUUGGACCAUGUCAAGAUAACACUAAGACCUGAGCCAAACAGCAACUACUUGGGACAGAACCCACAAUUCCAAUUUGGUCAGCCUAGGGAAUUGAGGCGUCAGGACUGGAGGAUUAGUGCCGUCUACAUUCCUGCUGGAAGCUUGGGUGCCAUCAGCCCAUCUGGAACCAGCUCGUUGGUUGGUCAGUUUUUCUUGGCCAUCACACGUUACGGACGCACUGAUGGAAACUGUGCCGGUCUUGGUGGUGUCCUUCAAAAUGAUGACUUAAUUAACCCAAGCCAGCAAUCAAGAGCAUCCCAAUUUCAACAAUAUGGAAAUGGUAUGUUUGGACAGACUUCAUUCCCAGCUGGGUUUAUCCAAGAUCCUAUUGUCAUUAGUCAAGGUGGCAAUGUGUAUUCUGGUGUCAUCAGAGAUUUAUCUGAAGCUGAUCUGAGAGGCCGUGGUAUUGCGAUCUGUUUGGACUACAUGUGCACAAGACCCACCACAACUUGUUGCUCUGUGGUCAAAGACUCAGCCCCAGCCACUGAAUCAGUUGGGGUGCCAACAACAGUUGGGCCCUAUUCUGGCAAUCUGCUUAAAGGCAUAGGAGGCUCUAGUACUGCUAUUGCUACUGCUAACACUGGAACAGGAAGUACAGGUUCACUGGGAAGUUUAAGUGGAGGUCUUUUCUAAACCAUUGCCUUGAAAUGAAGAAUCCAAUGUAAUGAUAUUGUAAUAAAAAAAAAGUAGAAAAACAAA